AGACAGACCUCGGCCCUGGAGCCCAGCCAUGAGAGCCGCGUUCUGAUUGGCCGAGCGCAGCCUUCCUUUUGAGACUCGCCCUGCUAUUGGCUGGAGCCGUGCGGACUCCACUCGCACAAUGUCUACCCGCUUUUGUUAUUGUAGCGAGCGGCCAGGAUGCGGAGACAGCGAGCCUGAUAGACCGCUAUCGACUCCGAUACAUUCAAAUUAGAUGUUGGAGGGGGAAGGGUACACGAUUUACUACCUCUCCGUCCUCGUCCAGAAGACAGCUUUUCGCUAUCCUCCAACAAUACGACCGAUGUAGCAGGAGGAUGUCCGUGAACCCUCCCAACAGUAAUGACGCCUGCCUCAGUAUCGUGCACAGCCUCAUGUGCCACAGGCAGGGCGGCGAAAACGAGGGCUUCGCCAAGCGUGCCAUCGAGAGCCUGGUCAAGAAACUGAAGGAGAAGAAGGACGAGCUGGACUCCCUCAUCACCGCCAUCACCACCAACGGAGUCCAUCCCAGCAAGUGUGUGACCAUCCAGAGGACGCUGGACGGACGCCUGCAGGUUGCCGGUCGUAAAGGUUUUCCUCAUGUAAUCUACGCGCGGUUGUGGCGCUGGCCUGACCUUCACAAGAACGAGCUGAAGCAUGUGAAAUUCUGCCAGUACGCAUUUGACCUCAAGUACGAUAAUGUGUGUGUGAACCCUUACCAUUAUGAGAGAGUGGUGUCACCCGGCAUCGUUGGUCUCAGUCUUCAAAACACGGGUCCCAUUGGCAGACUAAUAAAGGAAGAGUACAGCCACGACUGCAUCCAGAUGGACGUCCCCCCAGGCAUGCCUCCUCAGCAGGACCACCAGGGGGCGAUGAAACUCCCUCCUCCGGACCACUACGGCCAGCCCCUUCCUCCUCUACAGCUGCCUUCAGAGCCCAGCCGCGCGCCCCCAGCGGUCACCCUUUACUCCAACAUGCCCCUCUCCCCCGCCGGCUCUAUGAUGCCGAUGCAAGGAGGUCACGGUGAAGGCUUGCUUCAGAUUGCGUCUCCUCAGGGUCAAGUCAUGACCCCUACACCUCCCCCCUCCACCCCCACACAUGGACCCCCACAGACCCCCGUCCCACCCCAGCCUCCACCCAAUCAGAACGGCUACAACAGCUCGAAACACUCCCAGACGCAAGGCUCCUUUCACACAGCAACCUGGACAGGCAGCAGCACAGCCUCCUACACUCCUGUAGGACCCCAGCAAAACGGACGCGGCCACCAGCCUCCUCUCCAUCACGCACACUUCUGGUCUCAACAUCACAGUUCAGCGUCUUUCCCUCCUCCAGUCUCCAACCAUCCAGGUCCUGAGUUUUGGUGCUCCGUCUCAUACUUCGAGAUGGAUGUGCAGGUGGGGGAGAUGUUUAAAGUGCUGUCCAGCUGUCCGGUGGUGACGAUUGACGGGUAUGUGGACCCCUCAGGAGGCGACCGCUUCUGCCUGGGUCAGCUCAGUAACGUGCACCGCACAGACGCCAGCGAGCGCGCCAGGUUGCACAUUGGUAAAGGAGUGCAGCUGGAGUGUCGUGGCGAGGGCGAUGUGUGGAUGCGCUGCAUGAGCGAUCAUGCCGUGUUUGUGCAGAGUUAUUACCUGGACAGAGAAGCGGGUCGAGCGCCAGGAGACGCAGUGCACAAGAUCUACCCAGGGGCCUACAUAAAGGUGUUUGACCUCAGGCAGUGUCACAGACAGAUGCAGCAGCAGGCGGCCACGGCGCAGGCCGCAGCAGCAGCACAGGCCGCAGCGGUGGCGGGGAAUAUCCCAGGACCAGGAAGUGUUGGUGGAAUCGCUCCUGCAGUCAGCCUCUCGGCAGCAGCAGGGAUUGGUGUGGAUGAUCUCCGGAGGCUGUGCAUCCUGCGCCUGAGCUUCGUGAAGGGCUGGGGUCCUGACUACCCCCGGCAGAGCAUCAAGCACACCCCCUGCUGGGUGGAGGUGCACCUACACCGGGCGCUGCAGCUGCUGGACGAGGUGCUGCACACUAUGCCACUGGCAGAUCCUGGACCUGCUAACUGAGAGCCAACAAUACACAGCCAACACUCACCACACAGACACUGGACUCACUACAGUAAGCGUGCGAAGAUCUGACCUGCUACAGUGUGCUUUGCACUUUUAUCAGUCAUUAGAAAUACCCAUGAAAACACCACAGAAAUACACUAUUCUAAAAUUCAUGUUCUGGAAAGAUAUUUCAGUGCAUUUUCUUGUUCUAUCGUGAAAUGUUGCAUUUCUUUUUGGGUUCAUCUCACAAAAACAUGUCUAGGUCAUAUUUUGCUCUGAUAUAAAAAAUGAUAUUUGCUUAAAGACAAUGGAGACUGAUGGGGUUUUUUUGCAUUAUGACUAGGGUUGCAAAGGGCCAGAACAUUUCUGAAAAUGUUCCUAAAAUUCACAAACUUUCCCAAAAAUUCAAGAAAGUUUCUGGAAAUAUACCAGACAUUUACUACCUCUUUGCAGCCCUAAUUGGGCUAAUAUUAAUAUUAUUUCAAUGGAAAAUGGGGGAAAUAAGAUUGAUUAUUAAGAAAAUAAUUCUGUAAAAAAGUGUUUUUUUUUUCUCUCUUUAUACAGAAUAUAAUUUCAAUUUAUUUCUCUUGUUUUUACGGUGAAAUAUGACUUUGACAUGUUCUUGAUGGGAUUUGUGAGACUCUGUUUAAAUUAGAUGUAUAUACCUUAGCGCUACAGGUCUACAAACGAAUGCAAGUUUACACAGGGUUGAUUGCAGAUUAAGUUCAGGGAAAUAGCUUUAUUGUUCAUAUGCCUUUCUAGCUUUGCACAUCAUGCAGGUAUGCUAAGAAUAGAGUCUAUUAGUGUUGCAAUACUGGUAGAAAAAGCUUAAAAUCUGUCCUUGCAAGAACUACAUUUAUGGGUCAGUGUCUGAACGUAAAACGAAAGGCAAGUAUAACUCCUGCUUUUGCAGUGGCCUUGGUUUCAGAAGUAUUUUUCCAUUCAUUCACUCCAUGAGAGUCCAAGCUACAAGAUUAACAUUUCAAAACAUAUGCAUUUUAAAUUUAAAUGAAUUUUGCAUGCUAUAUAUUUGAAGUUUAUUGCAGAAUAUUUGUUCAAAUACUGGGUAGAGAGACUGACUCGAAUCUCUGUGGAGAAAAUGAAUGGUAUUUUUACUUUUGAUGCCAUACAGUUGUGGUCUGUUUCACUCUGGCGACACAAGUGAGGAAGAGACUUUUCGACCUCUAAUCAAGUUUUUUGCAUAAACUCUUGAUCUUGAGUUUCACGGGUUUGGUAGCACUAACUGCCUCAGAGCAAAUCACUAUUUUGGCACUGGUCACUUCAGGAAGCGUUGGAUUGGUCCAGCUGAUGUAGAUGCAAACCUGCCUCUGAGAGACAUACUGAACCAGACAGAUAACAGGGCACACUGUCAAAACGAAACGCUCAUCGUCUCUCUGCUUGUGCUGUGUUCCUCGACAUGUGGACCUCAACUCAGCUUCGAUGCAGCUUACUAUCCAGGCAUCUUCUUACAGUAAUUAGACUUGCAAUAGCCUUCCAGCUCCUUUAUUUUCAUACCCCCCAAAAAAAGAAGAAAAAAAAUAGUUCAGCUUUAAAACGGUGGUAUUAGUAUUGUGACGCAGUUCGGUGUUUGUAACCAAAUCAUUUGCCAUGUCACCAAAGCCAGAUUACCUCAUGAUAAUCGAGCAUGAACCCAGUGGAUUUUACUUUAUGCCAAAUUGUGUCUGGAAUCUUCUAUUUUCUGGACGUCAUGUUCACCUCAUACUUUAACCAAAUUAAAACAGGGCGUGUCUUGAACCGAAUGUAGAGCCUUGAUGCACCGACUGAACGAUUUCAAACAACGGGUUCUUGCCAACACCAGUAACUCAGCUUCAGCUUUUAUCUCAUCCAGAAACUCUGGUAUGGGGCUGAAUUUUGGUCACAAUCCAGACAACUUUAACAUUUUGCAAACGGGUAGAACAUCUAAACUUCAAACUUUGAGCAAAGAGCAUUAUGGUUUUGCAGCCUUCCCAAAAUGAAAUGUCUAUAUUAUACUGCACACUUACAGUAAAUUUUGCAUUUAUUGAAAGACCCUUCAUUUUGGUUUUUUUAAGAUGUAUGUCCAGUACAAUUGCAAAUAUUUAGUAACUGAAAAUAUAAUAGUAAAAGGGGAACGCCAUUAUAGAACGUUAAAGUCAACAUGAAAUCAAGAUUCAUCCUGUUCACUUUCUAAACACAUGUUCAUGAUCUUAUCUUAUUGAUGCAACAAUAAUAAAUUACGUUUUCAAUUAUGUUUAAAUAGAAAACUCAUUGUAAAAAUAUUUCAUUAUUAUUUUUGUUUUACAGAGACAUGGGAAUGGAAGAAAAUAUGAGAUGGGAGGAAAAAUAAUAUUUAGUAAAAUUCAAAAAAAUAAUAUUUACAUUUUAUAUUCUAGUAUUGCAUUUCACCAAGAAACCUCCUCUCACAAAUUUGUGUAAUUUGCGAUCUCUUGCAAACAUUUGUGAUCUCUUAGAAAAUAUUUGCGCUUUCAUUAAGAAAAAAAAGGCGUAAAUCAUUUGCGAUAUUGUGCAAUAUUUGCCAUCUCUCACAAUAUAUUUUAGAACGUGUAAAUAUUUGCGAUCAAACAAUAUUUGUCAUCUCAGAAAAUAUUUGCAAUCUUUUGUAAAAAAAAAUUUGUAAUUUCUUGCAAAACAAUUUCAGUCUUUUAACUUUUGCGAGGUCACGAAAUUGUCUUGGAAAAUAUUUGCUCUUUCAUAACAAAAGUAAUUUCUCUAAUAAAACAAUUGCAGUUUCUGUUAAAAAUGUGUGUUCUUGUAAAUCAUUUCCGAUAUUGCACAAUAUUUGUCAUUUUUCGCAAAAUAUUUAAGAACUUGUAAAAUAUUUGCAAUCUCUUGCACAGCAUUUGUCAUCUCGGAAAAUAUUUGCAAUCUCUUGUAAAAAUAAAAUUGUGAUAUCUUUAAAAAAAUCUUCAAUCUUGUAAAACAUUUGCAAAGUCAAAAAAACUAUUGCGAUCUAUCGUAAAACAAUUGCAAUGUUGCACAAUAUUUCACAAUCUCUUGCAAAAUAUUAGCGAUUUCUAGUUGACAUUUCCUAUCUCUUGCAAACAAUUUGUGAUUUCACAAAAAAAAAAUAUUUUGCAAAAAAUUGCAACGUCGCACAAUAUACGGCAUGUUUUGUAAAAUGCGCAAUCUCUCGCAAAAUAUUCGCGAUCUCGUUAAACAUUUGCGAUCUCUCGCACAUCAGUUGCACAUCUCAUAAAAUAAUAUACAAUCGCUCAUAAAACAGUUGCAAUUUCUUGCAAAACCUUUGCAAUCUCUCGUUAAACAUUUUUGCUCUCUCCGAAAAGUAUUGUGUUCAAACUGAGAAACUUUGCAUUCGUGGGCAAAAAACUAAACAAAAACUUUGAUCACAGAGAAUGCAAAAGCAUUCAAAUACAGUUUUUCCUCCCAUCAGCAUGUCCCUUUAGGGUCACUGUAGUUUUUACUGCAUUUGGCUGUGAAAUAUGUUACAUUAUGGGAGUAAAUGCUUAGCAAAUGGUAUUUCAUGUUGACUUUAAUCAGUGCUUGAAAACUGUUAUCUGUGAUUAGUCACAACUUAAAAGAAACUAAGGAUCGUAUGAUGUUCUGCGUUCCCAGUAUUGUUUCCUUUGUAGUAAUCGUUGUGCCUUUCCUUUGUGCUCCUUUGUUCAUAGAUAGAUUCUGCUGUUACUAAAAAGCCCUCUCCAGUGAUUCUCACAUUGAUAAUGAACAUCGCAAACCUUCUAUUGGUCUGAAAUGAUCUAUUAGUUAUAAGCAAUGAAGUACGUCAGGGAUGUUUUAGUCGUCUUUCGGGCUUCGUUUGGACCCCGCGUGACGUUUGUAAACUGGGCGAUGCAAAAGAUGCAAACUCUUCAUCUGCAGGGUUGUUCACAUCGGCUCAGGUCACGUUGAGAAUUAUGAGCCUUUCGGGGAAAUUUAUUGUGAAGCAUAAUGCCUUGUUUUCUUUCUUUUUCGUGGCUGUCGGUUGCUAUAAACAUUCGAUGUAGAUGUCAGGUAUGCUCAUUGUUUCGAUGAGUGCCUUUGUGCUGUAUUUCAUGGGAUACGUGCUACAUAUACAUACACUGCGGAUUAAAUGCUAAUUACAGUAAAGCUGUAGUUUUAAUACAGAUUUCAAAGGCAUUUUGCAUUGUACGCAAUCAGUGUUGAGUUCUCUUUAAACCAGUAGGUUAUUUUGGGUGAAAUAGAUUUAAGCUCUCGCAUUACACAUCCAAUGGACACCUCGGUGUUGUAAAAACAUAUGUGUUGUAUUUAAAGAUAGAAAUAUUUAUAAAAUAGACAUAGGCAGGUAUCUAAAUGUCAUUAGCAACUUCAGUGCAUAGCUUGCUUAGACUUACAGCUAUGAUCCGAAACAUUUUAUUGGUUUAAACCAAUAAUAUUAGAUGGUUUUAUUACAUUUUACAGUUUAUUUUGCCUUAAAAAAUGACAAUAUUUUACAGUCGAGCCCACAUCGGUGUGACAAAUGUACAGUUACUACUUUCAUUGUAGAGUAACUUCACUUUCUUUUUCUUGGCUACUGUGUUCUGCACUGUAAUUCAGAUUUAAAGAAAUCCAAAGGAUUACCUUUUGUUUUUUCCUCAAAAAUAUGUGGCCUAGCCCCUUGUAACACUUUACCUAGAAUGUGUGUGUGUGUGUGUGUUUUCCACUGAUGACGCAUACUGUAUUGUGUGAGGAUACAACCAACCGGUGUGUCAGUCACAUGACAAUCACUCAACUGGAAGUCAGAUCAACAGCAUUCCAUCGGAGAACUAUUUCUUACAAGUGUUUAUCAGUGUGUUAUCCAGUGUGAAUAUAUUCAAAUCGACUAUUUUACUGAUAUUGUCAUUUCAAUUCUUGUUGUUAUUAUAAAUGUUCUACUGUUAAAGGACAUUCUGCUCCUGUAUGUUGACUGUACACCAAAGUAAAAAACGAAACAAAACACAUUUUGAUACAGA